GGUCAGCACUGCCACCUUCGUUCCACCACCCUUCUCCCCCUGCUUCCACACCUACAGUUAGAGGAACAACUCAUCAUCUCCUCACAUCUUCUCGAUCACCAUCCAUAGUAAUUCCGCAAUCUCCUCCUUCAAGAUCCAAAACCCACUUCGCAUCGCGCUCCCUCCUUUACUCGAGCUAAGCAGGAGGAAGAAGAAGAACAACAAGCAGCAGCAGCAGCAUCUGGUGAAGGAGCUGUUGACCUCGAGCUUCGACAUGGGCGCCCAUGAAGACGCUGAGGUCGGGAGGGACAUGAGGAAGCCGCUCCUCCGCACGGGGGUGUGGUACGCAAUGCAGGGGGAGGCGUCGAAUCAGUCCACCCCCUCCGGAUCGGCAAAGAACCUCCACAGCGGCUCUGUUUCCGUCCUGCUUUGUGUGUUGACAGUCGCCUUAGGCUCUGCUCAGUUCGGAUUCUCCUGUGGAUAUUCGUCUCCUACAGAGGAGGACAUAGAAAGCGACCUAGGCCUUUCGGUCUCACAGUAUUCAAUAUUUGCCUCCUUGGUAAAUGUGGGAGGUAUGGUUGGGGCAGUCAUGAGCGGCCAGAUGGCAGAGCACAUCGGCCGGAAAGGGUCUCUGAUGAUCGCUGCAGUCCCUAAUGUCUUAGGGUGGUUGGCAAUAUCGUUUGCCAAGGAUUCCUCCUUCUUAUACAUAGGAAGGUUGUUGGGGGGAUACGGAGUGGGUGUAAUUUCUUAUGUGGUGCCGGUUUACAUAGCUGAGAUAUCGCCCGAGAACAUGAGAGGAACCCUGGGAUCUGUGAAUCAGCUGUCAAUCACAUUCGGAACAUUGUUGGCUUACCUUUUCGGACUAUUUGUCAACUGGAGGAUCCUUGCUAUCUUGGGGUCUCUGCCAUGUCUAAUAUUGAUUCCUGGCUUAUUUUUCAUCCCAGAGUCUCCUCGAUGGUUGGCCCAAAUGGGUUUGACGCAGGAAUUUGAAGCCUCUUUGCAGGUCCUACGGGGAUCUGAUACUGAUAUUUCCCUUGAAGUUGAUGAAAUCAAGAGCUGUGUUGCAUCAACAGACAAAACAACAACAAUCAGGUUUGCAGAGCUCAAGAAGAAAAGAUAUUGGUUUCCUUUGAUGGUAGGUAUUGGACUACUUAUGCUCCGGCAACUCAGUGGCAUCAAUGGUGUCUUCUUCUAUUCCACCACAAUAUUUGAAAGUGCAGGGAUUUCUUCAAGUAAUGUCGCAACUGUUGGACUCGGUGCUAUCCAGGUUCUUUGCACUGGGGUAGCGACUUGUCUCCCAGAUAAAGCAGGCCGAAGGCUGCUUCUCAUAGUAUCCUCAUCCGCAAUGACUUUGAGCCUUCUUUUUGUGGCCGUGGUGUUCUAUAUAGAGAGUUCUGCUUCAGAAGACUCUCAAUUAUACAGCAUAAUGGGAAUAUUGUCGGUUGUCGGGCUUGUGGCUUUUGUCAUCGCCUUCUCUCUGGGAAUGGGUUCUAUUCCAUGGCUUAUCAUGUCUGAGAUUCUUCCGGCGAAUAUUAAGGGCCAUGCCGGCAGCAUGGCGACGUUGGCAAACUGGAUAACAACUUGGGUGAUCACGUUGACAGCAAACUUACUGUUGGAUUGGAGCGCCGGAGGUACCUUCACGAUCUAUGCAGCUGUGGCUGCUUGUAGUGCUGUCUUUGUGAUACUCUUUGUCCCAGAAACAAAGGGGAGAACUCUGGAAGAGAUUCAGUCGUCGUUUUAGAUGAUUCUUGUUCUGGUUCUCACAUUGAUUUUUGCUGUUUAAUAACAUGGUAGAGACGCGGAAGCAUCAAAUUCCAUCGAUAAUAGCCAACUCACAAGCCCACCUCAAACCUCAUCAAUCAACCAAGCACAUUUGAUCUUUUUACGAAAAAAGGGAGAUUUCGGCCGUAAUAUGAUCGAAUGAAUCUAAUGACGAGGAAGCCUCCAAGAUCAAUAUCUAGAGAUUUCUAAGUUUGAAUAGUCUUCCAAUUUAAUGUUUCCAUUGUCUUAGUCCGUCAAUAUACUGGACGUGCAUUUUCCAUUGUAAGCAUGCAGAUUUUGAUAUGACAAAAUAAGAGAAUUCCACUCAAGUUAGCAGUGUCUUUC